AAUUACUUCAAUACAAAAAAGAGCCGUGGCCUGUGGGCAGUUCACAUGAAACCAAAGAGUUUGGUUUGAUCACAAAAACACAAAAAAGGAAAAUAGCAUUAGGCUUUGGACUGAGACUUCAGAGCCUAUGUAACUCUCUCCCUAUUUUAUUUUUCAAAGAUUUCACCGCCUUGUUGCCCCAACAAAACCCCAAAAAAAGAAAAACCUCCAAGAGAAUCUCUUUUUAAGUUUUCAUUGAUCACCUUGCUUUGUAUUGCCUUGAUCAUUAGUAGAAUCAGCCUUUUUGGGUUUGAAGGAAAUAAGGAAAGACAGAAAGAAAAGUCGUGGAUUACUAGGUAUUUUAGUAAUUGCCGGUAGCCCUUGUUUCAAAGUUUUGAUUUUUAUUUGUCUUUUCUUGAUCCUUGAUAACUUGUUCAAGGUUUUAAGAAAUACCCAGUUUGAGUUUUCAUUAGAAUUCCCCAAAGUUUUGAAAUUUUCCGUCAAAGAAAGCUGAUACCUUCUUGAUCCUUGAUCAGCUGUUCAAGUGUUCAAGAAAUACCAAUUUGAGUUUUGAUUUGAAAGUUUUGAAGGAAAAAAAAAAUGAGUUUUAGCAUUAAGCAGUCAGCUUUAGCUACAUGCAUGGAUGUGUCCAAUUCAGUUGUUCACAAAAGAUCACCUUCAGCAAUUUGUAGAUCUUUCUUUUCACCGUCUUUGGACCUUCAGAAAAACCCCAAAUUAACCAGUCUUUCAGUAUCAAAGCCUUUGCAUAUCUCCUCUAUUGAAGGUUUUGUUAAGGAGAAAAAGCCACUGAUCCAAUGUAAGGCUUAUGAAGCUGACAGGUCACAGCCUAUCGAGGCAGCUGGGGAAGUGAAAUCAGAAGCUGCAAAAAGGGUGAAAAUUGGGAUUUAUUUUGCAACUUGGUGGGCUUUAAACGUGGUCUUCAACAUAUAUAACAAGAAAGUUCUGAAUGCUUAUCCUUACCCUUGGUUGACUUCAACCUUGUCACUUGCUUGCGGUUCUUUGAUGAUGUUGAUUUCAUGGGCUACAAGAAUUGCUGAGACCCCAAAAACUGAUUUUGAGUUCUGGAAGACUUUGUUUCCGGUUGCUGUGGCACAUACAAUUGGACAUGUAGCAGCAACUGUGAGUAUGUCUAAAGUUGCAGUUUCAUUCACCCACAUCAUCAAGAGUGGUGAACCUGCUUUCAGUGUCCUGGUUUCAAGGUUAUUGCUUGGAGAGGCCUUCCCUCUCUCAGUUUACCUGUCCCUUGUUCCAAUCAUUGGUGGGUGUGCUCUUGCCGCUGUAACUGAACUCAACUUCAAUAUGACGGGUUUUAUGGGAGCUAUGAUAUCAAACUUGGCAUUUGUCUUCCGUAACAUAUUCUCAAAGAAGGGCAUGAAGGGGAAAUCUGUUAGCGGGAUGAACUACUAUGCUUGUCUAUCUUUGAUGUCUCUCUUAAUUCUCACACCUUUUGCAAUUGCUGUAGAGGGACCGCAGAUGUGGGCGGCAGGAUGGGAAAAGGCCUUAUCUCAAAUCGGACCACAGUUCAUCUGGUGGGUGGCAGCCCAAAGUAUUUUCUAUCAUCUCUACAAUCAGGUGUCAUACAUGUCACUUGAUGAGAUAUCUCCCUUGACAUUUAGCGUUGGCAACACAAUGAAACGUAUAUCUGUUAUAGUCUCUUCCAUCAUCAUCUUCCACACACCUGUCCAGCCCAUCAAUGCUCUUGGAGCUGCCAUUGCUAUUCUUGGAACCUUCUUGUAUUCCCAGGCAAAAGCAUGAGAAAGCCAUGGGGUUCAAGAAUUUUGAUUCAUCAUGUAAACCUAGAUGAUGAAAUAGAAAACGGUAUCUGGAAGAAUUUAGCUCAGAGAAGUUUAUUGUUCACUGUCUUUUGGGAUCGAUGAUGAUCACUGGAUUUUGGUCAGACAGACCGGCAGCUUGUCAUAUUGUAGAUAUUAAUAAUAAUGAUGAUGAUGCUUAUAAACAAUUUCAUACAGUGAGUAGGCAGGUUUUUAUGUUUUAAUGCAGCGGCUGAGAAGGAAACUGUCUUGAAUAAACAAGGAUCAAUGUUGUGAGCCCCUUGUCUGUUAUGUUAGCAGUCAUGAAUAAGAAGAAUGAGGACAAUGUUUAUUUGUUUAA